AUGUUAGGAAACUUUUUGGAUACAAUCACUAUUCCUAGUCCUGUUGUCAACCCCAAUAUCAUUCGUGAGAAUGUUAUGAGAAUGAAGAAAAAAAUCGAGAGUUUUAAUGCUAAUUUCAGACCUCAUUUCAAAACACAUUAAUGUGCUUAUGUUGGCACCAUUGUCAGAGAAUGCGGAGUAAACUAAAUUGCAGUUUCUAGCGUUUCUAUGGCUUUUUAUUUCGCCAAGAAUGGCUGGAAGGAUAUCACCUUAGCUAUUCCUUUUAAUAUUAGAGAACUUAAACCUCUUCUUUAAUUAGCUUAAAAAAUCGAUGUCUUAAAUAUCAUGAUUGACCACGAAUAAACAGCUCAAUAUGUUGCUGAACAUGUAUAAGACGCUAAGUUAGGAAUUUUCUUUAAAAUUGAUACUGGAUAUAAGAGAUGUGGUGUUUAACCUUAAGAAUAUGAAGCUGUUGAUAAGCUACUUUCUAUUAUUGGUUAAAAUAAUAAUCUUACCUUUAAAGGUUUUUUGACUCACUGUGGUCAUACUUACUAGAAAACUACUUGUGAAGAGAGAUAAGAAAUAUUAGAAGGAGCAAGAGAAGCAAUGAUUGCUUUAAGAGCUAGAUAUAUUACUAAGUUCCCUAAAAUUAUUAUUUCAGUUGGUGAUACUCCAGGAAUCUCUGCAGCUAAAAACCUUGAAGGUAUUGAUGAGGUCAGACCAGGAAACUAUGUUUUCUUCGAUGUUAUGUAAGCAAGAAUGAACAAUUGCGAAGCUAAAAACAUUAGUAUUACAGUAGCUUGCCCAAUUAUAAGUCUUCACCCUGAAAGAAAGUAAAUAGUUGUCUAUGGAGGUGGUACUCAUUUAUCUAAAGAAUAUUUAGUUUCUGAAUAAGGAUAAAAGAUCUGUGGAUGGGUUGUCAAAUACAACAAAGAUGGUACUUGGACUCAUUUACCUAAUGCUCUUGUUACAACUCUUUCAUAAGAACAUGGUAUUAUUACUUUUGAAAAUGCUUCUGAUUUGGAUCAAUAUAAGAUUGGUGACGUUAUUGGUAUGCUCCCUGUCCACAGUUGUAUGACUUCCUGUGUAUCUAAAUUUAUGUACUCUACUGAUGGUACCAAGCAUGGAACUCUCUUAGGUGAAACUGAAGAUUAUCCUAGCUUCUGA